AUGGCAAGUCCCAAGCACCCUGGGAGCCCUGGCUGGACAGGACCCAUGGCCCAGUACACGGCAAGGACCCAGCAGGAGGCACCAAUUGCUGACCCUGACCUCCCACAUCCAGGACCUGAAGGGCACUUAGAUGCCCUUGGUAGCCAGGGCUCCAACUCUGGCAUGACCACGCGGGAGCUGCAGGAGUACUGGCGGAAUGAGAAGUGCCACUGGAAGCCUGUCAAGCUGCUCUUCGAGGUCGCUUCUGCCCGCAUUGAGGAGGGGAAGAUCUCUAAGUUUGUGGUGUAUCAAAUCAUCGUCGUGCAGACGGGGAGCUUCGACAGCGACAAGGCCGUCCUGGAACGGCGCUAUUCCGACUUCGAGAGGCUCCAGAAGGCCCUGCUCCAGACCUUCGGGGAGGAGCUGGAGGACGUGGCGUUCCCGGGGAAGCGCCUGGUGGGGAACUUCUCGGCCGAGCUGAUCGGCGCGCGCCGCCGGGCCCUGCAGGACUACCUGGGACUGCUCUACGCCAUCCGCGGCGUGCGGCGCUCGCGCGAGCUCCUCGACUUCCUCACGCGGCCCGAGCUGCGCGAGAGCCACUUCAUGGCCCGGCUGCCAAAGCGGCAUCGGAGAGGAGCGUCCACCUUCCCGGGGCUUUUGCGGGGAGCUGGAGGGAAGAGCAAGUCCUUGAAUUCCUUGAGUCCCCUCCUCCUGGAAGCUUUCCUUAGCCCACAGCAGCAGCCCCAUCAGCUCAGAAGCCGAAGGCCUGGUGUCAGCUUUGACAAGCUCACCCUCAACCCCAGGCUCUAG